UUUGUGUCAAACUGUAAAUGUUUGUGAUCCAGGAGAGAUGGCGCAGAAAACACUUGACCAAGAAGCCUUUUCCUGCUCCGUGUGUUUGGAUCUACUGAAGGAUCCUGUGACUAUUCCCUGUGGACACAGCUACUGCAGGAACUGUGUCCAACAGCACUGGGACCAAGAGGACUACAAGCAGCUCUACAGCUGUCCUGAAUGUCGCCUCAACUUCAGCCCCAGGCCUGUCCUGGGUAAAAACAUCAUGUUAGCAGGUUUAGUAGAGCAGAUGAAGAAGACAGCGCCCCCUGCUGCCUGCCUCUAUGCCGGACCUCAGGAUGUGUCCUGUGAUGUGUGCACUGGGAGGAAGCUGAGAGCUGUCCAGUCCUGUCUGCAGUGUGUGGCCUCUUACUGUGAGCGCCACCUACAGCCUCAUCAUGAAGCUGCAGCGUUUAAGAAACACCAGCUGGUGGAGCCGUCUCACACACUCCAGGAAAACGUCUGCUCUGAACACGACAAACUGAUGGAACUAUUCUGCCGCAGCGACCAGCAGCUGCUCUGCUCCCUGUGUGUGGACCAACAUAAGGGUCAUGACAUAGUGACCUCUGCCUCAGAGAGGGCUCAGAGGCAGGCAGAGCUGCCGGCCAGGAGGGCCCUGCUGCUCCAGAGCCUCCAGCACAAAGAGACAGACCUGAAGAGGCUCCAACAGGAGGCCCAGGACAUCAGACGCUCUGCCCAGACAGCAGUGCAGCGCAGCGGGGACAGCUUCACACAGAUGGCCCUUCUCCUGGACAAAAGACGCUCUGAAGUGGAGCAGCAGAUCCGCUCCCAGGAGCAGACCCAACUGAGCCGAGUCCAAGAGCUCCAGGACCAACUGCAGCAGGACGUGAGGGGGCUGAAGAGGAGCCUCUCUGAGCUGGACACACUGGCCCUCACCCAGGAUCAUAACCAGUUUAUACAGGUCUACACUUCACUGUCCCCACACACACAGAGCACAGAGCCAUACACCAUUCACACAGGGGACUGGAGCUACUUUGAGGAAGUGACCAGAGCUGUGUCCAAGCUCAGAGACACACUCCAGCUCACUCUGAGUCCAGUCCAGGUUUUACUGGCACCAGCUGAACCCAGCUCCAGAGACGACUUCUUACAAUAUUCUACAGAAAUCACUCUGGACCCAAACACAGUUCACACCAGACUGUCUCUGUCUGAUGGAAACAGAAGAGUAACAGUUAAAAGUAUGGAACAGAGUUAUCCAGAUCAUCCAGACAGAUUCAGUGGUUGGUGGCAGGUCCUGAGCAGAGAGAGUCUGACGGGUCGCUGUUACUGGGAGGUGGAGUGGAACGUGAGGUGUGCUCGUAUAGCAGUUUCAUACAGAGAUAUUCAGAGGAAAGGAAACUUUGAUGAAUGUGCAUUUGGAGACAAUGAUAAAUCCUGGGCUUUACAGUGUGAAUCUAACAGUUAUUCAUUUUGGUUUAACUUAGUGAAGUCUCAGGUCUCAGGUUCAGUUGGGUUCAGAAUCGGGGUUUAUCUGGACCACAGUGCAGGUGUUUUGGCGUUUUACAGCGUCUCUGAAAGAACCAUGAGCCUCCUCCACAGAGUCCAGACCAGGUUCACUCAGCCUCUCUACACUGGAGUCUGGAUUUACAGGUAUUUUGGAGACACUGCAUAUUUCCCUAAACUCAAAUAGCAGCUUUGUUCUCCACAGUUUAGAAUCAAAUUUGUGUCUUGUAUUUUUAACUAUUCUGAUAAAAUUCUCUUCACGAGGAAAUAAAAAAGUUACAAAAUGAUUUUAAAAUGAGGAUUAGAAACAGACUGUUUUGAACAAGAAUCAGUGUUAAAAAAAACAACAUAAAAUCAGGACAAAAAUCAUAGUGUCACAAAUGUUUUAGAAUGCUCUUAAUGUGGAUCAGAAAUACUAUUACUACUACUACUAUUACUACUACUACUACUACUACUACUACUAUUACUACUAUUGAACUCAAAUUUGUAUGUAUUUUAUAUCAAACACAGUUUACUUUUUACUUUCAAUUCCAGUGUUAUUCCUCAUGUAAUGUAACGUUACGCUGUGCUCUGAAUUCAAAAGAGAUGAGAUCAAAUCCAGAACUAAACUAAAACUAAACCAGGACUAAAAUAAGACUAAACCAGGACUAAACAAUGACUAAAACUGGAGUAAAACAUUACUUAAAAGGAUUUAACCAGGAGUAAAACAUGACUAAAAGCAUGGACUAAACCAGGAAUAAACCAGGAAUAAAACCAGACUAUACCCAUUAUAAACCAACAAUAAACCACAACUAAAUCAGGACUAAACUAAAACUAAACCAAGAUUAAACCAGGACUUUACCAAAACUAACCCAGAAUUAUACAAGGACUAAAACAGGAAAAAAAACAGGAAUAAACCAGAACUAAAAGUGGACUUAACCAGGACUAAGACUGAAACAGGACUAUAAUAGGACUAAACCAGGACUUAAUCAAUACUAAAUCACAACUAGAGCAGGGAGAAAACAGGACCAAACAAGGACUAAUCCAGGACUAAUCCAGGUCUAAUUUAUAUACUAUAUUGUCUAAUCUCUACAUCUCUACACUGUUUUGAACUAACUUGAUUUAAAUUUUCAUUUCCAAUGUUUUUGUAAAAUAUGUCAAGUAAGUGUAAAGGAUGUAAAGUAAGUGUAUGUAAAUGUCAUGUCAGAUUGGAGCAGUGAUGGUGUGUGUGCUCUGUGUUUUGUGUUGACUUGAAUCAGAAUUGUAAAAGUUGUUCAGGGCCACAGAAUGAGGAACACUGGUUAUAUAAUGAUGAAGAGAAACAGCACCAUCUUUACACUGGAACUUUUCAAUCACAAAUACAUUCUGAAAUCAA